AUGGGUAUGGUGGUUGAGAAGGUUCAGUCCUCAAAAAGCAGGCUGAACGAAGCUUUCACCAGCCUGCUAACAGGCUUUGAGGCUUCGCUGCAAGCAGCUUCAACCAAGGACGCAGAAGUUUCCGAACUCCAGCGGAAACUGAAGCUGGCUGAUGAUGAGAUUGACCGUAUUAACAAGCGGUUCGAUGAGGUCCAAGGCACCGCAACCGAGGUCAAGACCCUCAAGAGUGCCCUUGCCGAAGCCAAGAAAGGGGCGAGGGCGAGCAAAGCGGCCGCUGACAAAGCGGCUGCGGAUCUAGAGGCCAAGCAGGUUACCCGUCGUAGGUGUGAGGCGCGGGUGACCGAAGUGGAGCAGGCGCUCCAAGAUGCCGCCAACAAGUGCGAGGCCCUGGAGGAGCAGAAUAAGGCCCAGGCAGCCGAACUCACCAAGGCCCUCCAAGAGGCCAAGGAGGCGCGGUCCGAGUCCCGCGCAGCUCGCGAGGAGAUCAAGCAAGCCGAACAAAUAGCGGCUGGUAAGCCUUUUCUUUUACAGAGUAUAUUUGGAGGUCGGAGAUAUGCUUUGCUAAAUCGACUAUGGAGUGCUCCAGACGCCUUUGCGGAUCUCCCGAGCGCUGCCGACGCCGCCUAG